AGAGACGACUAGCUGUGUUGAUUCUCUCCAAGCUUUUUUUUUUCUCUCCAUUGCAGCUCAAAAUCCAAACCUUGGGCUGAAACAAAAGAGACCUUUCUCUCUCUCUCUCUCUCUAAGUAAUCCAAUCCAGUUUCUCUCUCUAGUUGUUAGUUUUUGUGUGGGGGAUAGUGAGAGAGUCUCUCUCUCUCUCUAUGUAUAUAUAUAUGUGAUUUGAUUGAUCUUCAGUCUUCAGAUCUGAGGCCCAUCCUCACAUGGACUGCCCCUUUUCCUUAGAUCCUCGUCCCCAUCACCCAUCCCUCUGGAUAUAAUUUCGCAUACCAAAUUCAAAACCCAACUCCCCCAAAAUCAAAGCUAAAUAAAAGUUAAGCUCUUUCGCUACUAUUUUCUCUUCUCAGGAAUUUUCCCCUCUGCUUUCGCUUCGUGGGUUCUUUUAUUUCUUGAAGAAAGGGAAGGGAACCGGGUCUCUCUUAUUUGACUUCUUGAUUAAGAUUUCCUCUCUUUCCACCCUUACAGAUACGAGGCUUACUGUAACCAUCAAAAGACCGAUAUCUAAUGUCGAGAACAAGGAGGCGGUUGUGGGGGAGAUGAGGGAUGUUAUCGCGGCUCUUGGACCUUCUGCGGGCCUGCUGGGGCCCGGCUUCGGGCCGGAAUGGGCCGGCGGCCCCGGAUUCCUUGGGCCACCAAGAUGGGCUGCUGUGGUACAAGGACUCUGGCCACCACGUCAGCGGGGACUUCUCCAUGGCUGUGGUCCAAGCUAACAACCUUCUGGAGGACCAAAGCCAGCUUGAAUCCGGUUCUCUGAGCUUGCUGGAGUCCGGACCCUCCGGAACUUUCGUUGGGAUUUAUGACGGGCACGGAGGCCCCGAGACGUCGAGAUACAUCAAUGACCAUCUCUACGGUCACAUUAAAAGAUUCACAACUGAGCAGCAAUCAAUGUCAGCUGAUGUGAUAAGAAAAGCUUUUCAAGCAACGGAGGAUGGAUUCCUGUCAUUGGUUACAAAACAAUGGCCCUUGAAGCCUCAGAUGGCUGCUGUUGGUUCUUGUUGCCUAGUUGGCAUAGUCACUGGUGGGACUCUUUACGUUGCUAACCUUGGAGAUUCCCGUGUUGUUUUAGGGAGAGUGGUCAAGGCAACUAGGGAGGUUUUAGCAGUCCAGCUGUCUACUGAGCACAAUGCAAGCAUCGAGUCAGUUAGACAAGAACUACGUUCAUUGCAUCCAGAUGAUCCUCAAAUUGUAGUUCUGAAGCACAAUGUAUGGCGCGUAAAGGGAAUCAUUCAGAUAUCUAGGUCGAUUGGUGAUGUCUACCUAAAGAAGACAGAGUUUAAUAGAGAGCCUUUGCUGGCAAAGUUUCGCCUGCGGGAUCCUAUCAAGAGGCCAAUCCUGAGUUGUGAGCCAUCGAUCACUGUGCAACCACUGAUGCCUCAAGAUCAGUUUCUGAUCUUUGCCUCAGAUGGUCUCUGGGAGCACCUUAGCAACCAGGAAGCAGUUGACAUUGUUCAGAAACAUCCUCGUAAUGGAAGUGCCCGGAGGCUUGUAAAAACUGCAUUGCAAGAGGCAGCGAAGAAGAGGGAGAUGAGGUACUCUGAUCUCAACAAGAUAGACAGAGGGGUUCGUCGCCAUUUUCAUGACGACAUCACCGUUAUCGUUCUGUUUCUUGAUACAAAUUUUUUAAGCAAGGCCACCUCAAAUAGCAAUAAAGUCUGCUCUGUUUCUAUAAAAGGGGGCGGUAUCACUCUGCCUUCAAAUUCUCUUGCACCAUGCACAAUUCCUGCAGGAGCUUAGUAGCUCAAAUUGAGAAUUGUAUAUCAUGUUUGAGUCAAGGAAGGGGUAGUGGUGGAUACUUUUACUUAUUUCGUUUACUACGCUGUAACAUUUGGAUUGACAGUUCGUCACGUCUCAUGUUUUAAGAAAACAGGUGACACUCAGGGUUAUAUAUCAGGCUGUUUGUUAUUUUCCUUUUUCUCUUAUGUUAAUUUGGCGCGCAAAUCACCGAGGGAAGUGAUUUGGGUUUGUAAAUUGAGCGAUUGAGAACCUUCUCUUGAAGUUUA